AUGAAUGCUUACAUAGACAUCGAAGAAUAUUUACAAAACAUCGAGAAAAAUGUUGAAGAAUAUUGUUACGGUUUUUCUGAGGAAGAACAUGUAAAUAAUCGGGUCUUAAAUAACCAUGACGAUAUGGACAUAGAUUGGAGCGAAGAAUUCGGUUCUGUGAGUGAGCCCCUGUCGAUGAUACAAGAUGAACAAGAAAUUGAAGAGGUUUCUAUGCCAAAUGCCACUACCGCAUGUGUAAUCAUAGAUACAAUUCAAGGGGAAAUUAGACGCUGCAAUGGUACAGCGGAAUUACGGCCAUUGAAACAGUUAGCGGAAACAUGGGAAAUAGAUAAUAAUGCGGUCGAAGAAGCUAAGAACAAAUCCCACAGACUAGGAUUGUUGAUAUCUCGCCUCACUGAUAAUAGAGAAAUAACGCGUAAUGAUUUAACACGGGAAUGGCCAGAAUGGCCAUACACCGUAUAUGCUCCAAACAAAGAGAUGUCUAAUAUAAUAACAGGUGUUGAUAUCUCGCCAGACGAGGCGAAACCUCGUGUGUCUGCUGGACGUCGUAAGCGAAAUAUAGCAUACUAUACCUAUGCUAAGCUUGUGGAAAUGAAGAAAACUAAAUCAAAAGGUAUUCGACAGAAAGCCAUUUCGAAAUCAGUAGAAAGAAGUAGUGAACAGACACGUCGUCCAACUACGGAAAUCGAGAAAGCUAUCCUCGCCCCACUUCUCGAAAUUGAUGACAAUGAAUUGCUUGAAACAAAAAUUCAGGAAGUCUUACUGCAACUUCCAACCUGGACUAGGGGAGGAGCUAAGCAAUAUGUGAGAAAUAAUAGUCGACAGAAAAAAACUGGUCAACAGUCAUAG